CUCGGAUCCCCCUUUGACCAACCCAGAAAAUUCUGGGAAUUGACCACAACGACGACGAUAGAAACCAGUCCUCCAUGGCGCCCCGCCGUCGCCGUGGCGCCGGCCCCAAUGCCGGCGACGAUGCCCAUUCAGACACGGAUGCGCCCAAGAACCGCCCGCCCAACACAGCCUUCCGCCAGCAGCGCAUGCGCGCUUGGCAGUGUGUGCUGACGCCCAAACUUAUCGUCACCAUCUUCUCCAUCCUGGCCGCCAUCUACCUUGGUUUUGGCGCCUACUUGACGUAUCUGGCUCAUACCGUCCGCGAUAUUCGAAUCGACUACACGGACUGCGCAACCACUGCCCCAAAUGGCACCUUCGGGCCGUUGCCUCAAGAGCACAUCACCGCUCACUUUGCCAACUCGGAUGGAGCACACGAUCCCUACCAAGCGGAGUGGAUGAGGGAAACUCGUACCGUCAAAGUCGCAAACUAUACCUCCGACCGCACGUACUGCCUGGUCAGGUUCAACAUCCCCGAGGAUUUGCAGCCGACCAUCAGCUUCUUCUACAACCUGGAGAACUUCUACCAGAACCACCGUCGCUAUGUGAAUUCGUUCAAUGCCAAGCAGCUGCUGGGCGACGCAGUCGACGGCGGUACCAUCAAUGCGUCCACAUGCGACCCGAUCACCUACGACCCUCUGGGUUCCGGAAAGAUCGUCUACCCCUGCGGCCUCGUAGCGAAUUCGAUCUUCAACGACACCUUCAGCACCCCUUUGCUCCUGUCUGUGCGGGACUCAAGCGCCUCGAACCGGACGUACAACUUCACUACCCAGGGCAUCGCCUGGCCCGGCAUGAAGGACCUCUACGGCGAGACCAAGUACAAUUACAGCCAAAUUGUGCCGCCGCCGAACUGGCACGACCGCUACAGGUACGGCUACGUCGACAACAACCCGCCGCCGAACCUGAAGGAGGACGAGGCGUUCCAGAACUGGAUGAUGCUGGCCGCCGCGCCGAACUUUUUCAAGCUCUACCAGAAGAACGAGAACGAGACAAUGGUGGCCGGCCAGUACCAGGUCGAUAUCGAGUCCAACUUCAACACGACCGUGUACAAUGGCCGCAAGGCCUUCGUGCUCACCACCAUCUCCACCAUGGGCUCCCGCAACAUCUGGCCGGGGAUCAUCUUCCUGAUAGUCGGCGGCAUCUGCCUGAUCCUGGACGUCUACUUCAUUCUCUCCUUCUUCCUCUGGAAGCCCCGCAAGCUGGGCGACCCAUCGUACUUGUCUUGGAAUCAGCCAUCCGCGCCUCAAGGGCAUGCGUCGGCGUCGUGAUGGAUGGAGUGGAUUGGGCGCACGGUCGAGCCGUUAGGGGCGUGGCCAAGCGGUGGAAGUUUUCUUUCCUUUGCUGUUUACUAGAGAUGCUUUGGGCUAUGGGAUUGCACGGCGUAUGGGGGGCAUACGGUGUCUCAUUUUUUCCUUGUCUUAGUUGUCCACAUUCCUGUUCA